CUCGGCGGACUCAGGGGUGGUGCUACAAGUCCUGCCGCAUACAGUCCUGACGGGCAGGGGCUGGGGACCGGCCGGCGUGGGACCGAUUGAGCGCCACAGGUUGGAAAAAUAAGGAGCUGUCCCCAGGAUUGUCGCCCUGUAGAGCCGAUCCCGUGGGGUUGCCGGUGUGGAAGUCCAGGAGGUCAAGGCCUCGGGAAAGGGGAAGGAAACCUCUGCAACCUGGCACCCAGUCCUCUUGCAAAGGAAACUUCGCAGGCUGGCCCACCAAGACCAUCACUAUGACCGAUGGGGACUAUGAUUAUCUGAUCAAACUCCUGGCCCUUGGAGAUUCGGGGGUGGGGAAAACGACAUUUCUUUAUCGAUACACAGAUAAUAAAUUCAAUCCCAAGUUCAUCACAACAGUAGGAAUAGACUUUCGGGAAAAACGUGUGAUUUAUAAUACACAGGGACCAAAUGGAUCAUCAGGGAAAGCCUUUAAGGUGCAUCUUCAGCUUUGGGACACUGCAGGACAAGAGCGAUUCCGGAGCCUCACCACCGCGUUUUUCAGAGACGCCAUGGGCUUCUUAUUAAUGUUUGACCUCACCAGUCAACAGAGCUUCUUAAAUGUCAGAAACUGGAUGAGCCAACUGCAAGCAAAUGCUUAUUGUGAAAAUCCAGAUAUAGUAUUAAUUGGCAACAAGGCAGACCUGCCAGACCAGAGGGAAGUCAACGAACGGCAAGCCCGGGACCUGGCUGACAAAUACGGCAUACCAUAUUUUGAAACAAGUGCAGCGACUGGCCAGAACGUGGAAAAAGCUGUGGAAACCCUUCUGGACUUGAUAAUGAAGCGAAUGGAACAGUGUGUAGAGAAGACACAAGUCUCCGACACUGUCAAUGGUGGAAACUCUGGAAAGCUAGAUGGAGAAAAGCCUGCAGAGAAGAAAUGUGCCUGCUAGACUCCAUGCAGGAACUGGUCAUCAAGAACCCCAUCCAAAUAUUACUUCCCAAAACAGCAACCAACCAUGAAAUUGUUGAGUAGACCAUGCAUAAUGGCAUGUCUUUCUUUUUCUGCCAGAAAAUCUAUUUUAAGAAACCAGAAUAGUCAACAGUGUUCAAAAGAAUUGACCAGUUGUCCCUCAGGCCCCUCCAAACAAGAUCACAGAUCUCCUAAUGUGAUUGUACCAUCAUGGAUGCUCAAUCUGCUUUGCUUAUAAAGAAAUGAGUAUCUAAGAGAGCACACAAAAAGAAGUAUCAGUGAGUUUUAAAUUGGAACAAAAAUUUAUGUUGUCACAUUGGGGAACAGGAUAGGCUACUAAAGGGAAAAUAUGGAAAUACGAUUUUUUUAAAAGAUUGGAUUUCCUUCUUAUGUAGAAUCUGAUUCAUACUUUUAAAUCUGCAUUGGGGGAAACACGUUAACUAAAAAUGGAUACACAAUAAAGAAUUCUAAGUGGUUCAUUAAGAAUGACAUUACUCUGUACCCCCAAUGGCUGUUCUAGAAUGACUAAAUUACUGAUAAGGUUAUGAGAGAAUGGAUGUCAGACUUCUAUGAAAAUGUAGGAGAUCGUGUAAUAAUGCCAUUUUUAUAUUCUUGAUAAAUGGCAGAUAGACAAGAAUAAGACUGUGAAUGACAAAGUACAAGAGAGAUGCCCUGGGAGAAAAAUGAAAAUAUGGGAACGUGGCAUUUGGACAACUGAAAUUAAAUGUAUCUGUUAGAGAUGUCUGAAAGAGUUACUUAGCCAAAUUUCACUCAAGCCAAUUAGAAGUUGACAUCAGCUGGGGCUAAGAGUCUCCAGAGGUUUCCAUUUCAAACAAAAUUUUAGAAAUUGGUGCAGUGUUCAGCUUUGCAUUUCAUUUCUUUUUUAGCAAAUGGUGAUAGUCACAUGGAGAAACUAAAGAUUGCUGUUUAUUAAAUCUCUCUUUAAAAAUUCAGUCAAGAAAAACUAGCCUUAAUUUUUUUUUAGGGAAAAUAGGCUGGUGAUAUGACACAAAAAGUGACUAUUAAUUUUGAAUUUCUUUUUAAUUUACAAAAGCACUGGAAACUCUAAAUCACAUUUCUCCCCUCUAACCCACACUCACCCCUGGUUUUGAAUCAAUUGUGAAAAUACAGAUAUUGUCACUUUGUAGAUCAAUAACUUCAGAAUAAUGAUGGAUCAAUUUUAUGGUCACUCUGAAUUUUCAUGUCAUUAGUCACAUAAAAAUUGGUGAUACCUCAUGCCAUAUUACAAUAUAUUUAACAUUUGUUUAUCUUUUGCCUAAGGCAAAAAUACCCAGGGUUGAGCUAUAUUUGGGGUUGGCAGAGAUCAAACUGUAUCUUAUCUCACCAAAAACUUUGUGGAUCGCUUUACUGCUUCACCUAAAGCUGCCUUUUUUUCCUAAAAAUGAUCACAAACAUAUUUUCCAUUGGUCUAUUCUUACUAUUGUGUUUAAACUAACAUUGCAUUAGUUUUUUAUCUUAGUUUCUGCUAAACAUAAGCCACUCCUAUCAAACUAUUAUUUAACUAUUUCAGUCAAUUUUAUCAGUAACAAAGCCACCAUACUUCAAGUUUUCUCUUUUUGUUAUGAGUAUAUGAUUUUUCUACAUGAUGGUUCCUCUUCAUUUGAAAAUUUGCCAAUUAAACUUCACUUUUCUGUACUCUCUGCAUAUUUUUUUUGUUCAGUUACCGACAUUGGAAACCCUAAAUCCCAGGCCCCUAUAGCCUCUCCCCACCAACCUCCAUCUGAUAUUGAAUCAGUUUCAAGAACACAGAUCCAAGAGAUUGUCUAUUUAUAAUGUUCUGAGGAUGGACUAGACCCAGAAAUGUGCCACGAAUCAAGGCAAUUUGGAAGCUUUGAUGCAAUUAGCCCCUGUGAAAUUCUCUGUGUUAACUGCUCAGUUCCUUGAUCUCUGCAGCACGAUGCCAGCUUCUAAGAUCAAUCACAGUCGGGUAUUCCCUCCGUUGGUGUUCUUCUUUCUGAUGCUCUUCAUGACCUCAGUGCCUGUGCUGUGGGGAUAGAAAGCUAUUAGCUAACGUCAAGGAUGUUUCUUCUGGAAGAAAAUUGAGCAAAAACAAUAUAACCAUCACUGUGGCAAAAUUUGGUGAACUUUUGUGGUCAUUAUAUCAAUUUUUUCUUUGAAUUCAAAUUGGGUGUCCCCUGCAUUUCUUAAUGGGGAAUGGCUAGCCUUUAUAAAAUCCUAAAGGUAUUCUAUUUUGGAUAUGUCUUUUUGUUCUAUUAAUUUUCCAGUUAGAUGAUUGAUUUACUUAUGCCAAGAUUCUGUCGUUGUCAGUCAUUUGAGAAGCAUUUAUUUAGGAUCUAUUUAAAGAUCAUUAUUUGAUAGCUGUAGCAUGAAGCAGAUGGUGAUGAUGCCCAUAAUUAUAGAACUAUGUCUAUAAAACUAACAAUUAUUGAGUAAUAAUCCCAAGAGGAAUGAAAUUUAAAACAGAUAAGAAGAUUACUUUAAAAUUGUAUUCUACUUGUAAAUAAAUUCUUGAUCUAAAAAAAUAUUUUCUUUGUCAAGUUUACCAUCUGACGCCAAAUUCUAUGUAACCAGUACUAGAAAUUCCUUCUUUCCUUGUUUCAGAAUUAAUUGUUCCAUAUAAUUCAUUUUACAAUUUCAAAUUGAUUUGGGGCCAUGAAGUAUGCAGAAUACUUUAAAGAAUUGCAUACCCCCUUCAAAUCACAACAGCAUGUAUUUUUAGCCAAGAUGUGUCCUGUUAUUUAUUCUCUCUCAAAUGCUUUAGUAAAUCAUAUUGUAUUUUGGAGAAAUAUUUAAAACGUACUUGAAAUUCUUUUCUCGUGUAGAAACCAUUUCUGGGGUGUUUGCACUGGUUUGAUGUUUACAUUGGUCUAACACAGUGCCUCGGAUAAGUCCAUGACCAAAUUGGUCUCCAGCCACAAAGCUUAUUUCCAAUAAUAUCAUAUUAUAGGAGGGCCUCACAGAGACACUAAGGUCACUGAGGGUAUUCUGAUGUCUUCAGCAAAGGGAACAAGGAUGUUACUGGGAAUCUGGAGGUGAUUGCCACAAUCUCCUGGUCUCCCAGCUCACUUCUCAGGUAGUGGGCGUUACUUGAGACUCUUAACUGUGAUUAGGUACAAAGUUACCUUUUAAUAUAAAAGAGGAAAAGUCCUUUUGAGAAAUGUACCAGAAAUACUUGAGAGAACACGCUGGUCUUGGUAUGACGAGGGUAACAAGUCAUGAAUUGGCAGAGAAAUGCUAAAUGCUAAGAAUUGAGCCUGUGGGUCCCUACAUAAGAGUUUUAAAAUUCUUGCAAGUCACCCCUCUAGGCAAUUUCCUAUCAUUUCCAUAUUAUCAGCCAUCACACUGCAAAAAAUUCAAGACCAGCAUUUUCUAAAGUAAAUAUUUUAUCUGUUAUUUUUAACCAGACAGGCCACUCUAUGUAUCAGUGGGUGUCUUUGUUAUGUUUCUAGUAUGUUAUUCUCUGCCAACCUGUACAGGUAGGAUGAACUGGGCAAUAGUUUUAAUCAGCCUUUCUUGUCUCCUUUAUAAGAGAAAGAAGCUUGGCCAUGGCGAAGGACAUAACUACAUUAAAAAAAAUUUAAUAACAGUCAAAAUAUUCUCCAAACUGUAAAUUUUGCUCACUAGGAAUCAAUACAUUUGAUGGAGCUCAUAUGUAUUCUCACCAAUGGAGUGAGUGCAGUGGUUAGAAAGAGAAGCAGUAUAUGCAAUAGACAGAGUGUGCAUAGUACAUAACCUGGAACCUGUGUCCAUGGAACAAGACUGUUCACUGUUGUGUAUCUCUGUCCUUGUGAAAAAAGGGUACAUACACUUUCCUCAUUGUGUAUCACACUAAGACUUUGAGGGAAAAUCCUCAUCCGUAAUGAGCUUUGGAGUUAUACUCUAAAAUUCGAUCUGUGAAGAGGUAAUAUUGAGGUUCCUGGCUUCCGAAGAUACUUAAUAACUCUUUGAAAGGAGGCCCUGAGAGCUGAGGUUAGCCAAAGCGAUAGAAAAGUUGUCUUUCACCUUCUACUAUCCAGCGUUAAAGCAUUAAAAGAAGUCUAAUAUAUUUGGAUAUUUUAGGGAAAGCUUUAUCAUUUUUAAAAAUGCCAAGAUGCUGUCUAUAUUUGAAAAGGUUGUCUAAGAAUUCACCAAAAGCUAUAUUUUCUUCUUGACUUUUGACCAAGACGAUAUAAACUUAAUUCUGGGAAGUGCGGAGCUCUUAAACGUGGAAAGUACAUAUAGAAUAGUAUCUGAGGUGAGUGUUAAUGUUUUAUAAAUCCAUAAAGAUACUUAUCCCAUAAAGUAGAACUGAUAAAAGUCAUUGUUAGAUAUGUAGGGAAUUUUAUAAACUUCUUGCCUUAGAAUUCUUGGGUGGAGACCCAACCACAAUGACAUUGUUGAACAAGAACUAGAGCUAUUACAAGUUAUCUAAAUAGAGUUCUUCAAUACGGCAGAACGUGGAUACGGCCAUACUUAAAAGGUUGAUUUUUAGGUAAUUAAAAAAAAAAAAAGACUUAGCAAAAGAGUUUUUGAAACUAGAUCUCUGGCAAAUAUUUAUUCAUCAUUUUUACCUACCAAGUAGAGGUUUACGCCCUUAGAACUAAGCUAAUAAAAAUAUUUAAACACCAAAUAUUUUAUUAUUGGUAUCAAAAUUUGGGAAACUUAGAAACAUUUUGUUUAUGCUGUCUGAAUCUAAUUUUCUCACAAAUUGCACUUUGAUUUUUCAAGGAGUGACGUCACCAAGAUGCUUCUCUGUGGAGCUCUUUUUACCAAGUCUGUGGUUGAGAUAUUUUCUAACUUCAUAUACAGAGAGAACAAAAACAAACAAAAAUGUUAGUACCAAAAUAGUGGAAUUAUUUAAAAGGGUGUCAUCUUUUAUGAAGAAAAAAUAUACAAAAGCACCAUCUUUGGAUUGAGUCGUUUAAAUUUGUUUCCCAGUUCUUUUCAUCGCCAACAGAUCGUGGAAGUCAUGGCUAAUAUCCUUCCACUGACUUAGUCUUUAAGGAUCAUUAGCAAAUUCUGUAGGAGCCGGCAAGUCUGUCCUUAACCUAAUGGAUUCUUUAUUUAACCAGCAGCUGUUGUCCUUAUGUCUAUUCCCACGUCAAAAUAGUGUCUGUCCCUAGCAAAUAGGCUUAUCCUUACUCUUCUAUUCUCCAGGUUACUUUUUGAAAUGCUCUUUGAGAGGAAGCUUAGUAUUGUAGAAAGGAGAGUGGCUAAAGAAGAAUUUGGGCACCAUGGAUAUAUCAUUAAAUAUCUUAGUGGCUUCUCCUCAUAUGCGGCUUAUAAACACUGUGUGCCUCACAAAGGUCAUGUCAGGCUCAAAAGAGAACAUAUAUAAGAAACUGGUUUGUAAAUUAUGUUCCAUUUCAUGAACAGACACUAUUAUCACAAGCUAAAAGUAAUUUUAAAAAUCAUUCGUAAUUUAAACCACUUGUGAAAGGAAGUGUCAUAGCAGGGACAAAACACUAAUUUUAGUAGAGGUAUUUGGAAGCUAUAAAUGAGUAGUCAACUUGAGGUCAUUGUGUUUGAUUGAAAAUGUUUAAUAUAUCUCAAGUUAUUGAAAAAAUAUGAGUUUGGUUUCAUUUUGGAUGUCUUCUUGUAUUUCGUUCAAAGAGUCCUAUUACAUUCUAGAUAGUAUAUUAAAACUUGGUCGAAAUCCUCCUUGUACAAAUAGGGCUUUUGUAUCCAUAGCCUUGUAAAAGACACUGAGUGCAUCUGAAAUUAUUUAAGAAAAGUAAGUUGUCCUGCUUAAUGUCUUAAAAGUAGACAAUGUUCUGACAUAACCCUGGAGUGCUUCACUGCUCCCAGCAGUCUACCUUUAAGUGAUAUUAUCCUCAUUUUUAGGCUAAGCACGUUUAUUGUUUUGUCUGUCCUUUACACAGAUCUCUGUUUUGUCUAGUGCUAUGAAUGUAAAUUAAAAAUCUUAAACAUGGAGUUUUUAUUCUCUGUGCCCCUGAAUAGACUGUGGUGCCUGACAAACACCGUUAGGUCAUUAUUUUCUUGUACCAAAGUUCUAGUGACUUCAGAAAUCAUAGCAUCCAAUGAUUUUGUGGUAUCUGGGUUUGAAUACUAUGGUUGAGAACUUAUUCAGUGAUUGUUCCUGUACACUUUUCAAAUAAAAAUGCAUUUUUAUCAAUUA